CUUUAGCGGCACUUUAGUUUUUCCGUAUCAAGUUUCCAAAGGAAAAUGCAAAAUGGACAGUGAGGCUAGAACAGCUUCUAAUAUACAGUACUCAGAUGAUAGUAAUGUAUACAAAUGGGUGCCCCUUUCGCUGACGUUGGUGGAGUAUCCGGAAGGUGACAUCAUUGGGAAAUUGUUUGCGCUGAUCAGCUUAGCUCCGUUUGGUAUAGCUGCAGGUUUUGUGGCAUUGAUACUAUUUAGGAGAGAUCUGCACACCGUAACAUUUUUCCUGGGAACUAUUUGUUCCGAAGCGUUAAAUUAUAUACUGAAGCAUUUGAUAUGUGAAAAACGGCCAUUGCAUAGGGAGGAUGUUCAUGUGGAAUACGGAAUGCCCUCAUCACACGCUCAAUUCGUAUCAUUUUUCGCUAGCUACAUAAUGUACUUCGUUUUUAUACGGUUGCACCAUAUGAACAACAACACAAUCAUAGAAAACAUCUCAAAAAUUCUGAUCAUUGUUUCGUCGAUGACUGUAGCGGUGUUGGUGUGUAUCAGCCGAAUUUAUCUACACUACCAUACAGUGUCGCAAGUGUUGUGGGGCGUCAUCGUAGGGUUUCUGUUUGCAACCGCUUGGUUUGCACUCACUUCGUUAGUUCUUACUCCACUGUUUCCACACAUUGUAACUUGGUAAGUUCAACGCUCAUUCUUUUAGGCAUUAGUUUAAGUCGAGAGAUUCAAAACGUGCCAAUCUCAGGCUCCUAGUGAUGAGAGUGUACGUAUGAUAUUAACACUCCCCUUUUGAGUGGAGAUGUUUUGCUUUAUUCAACUGGUGAAAUUUAGUGCUAUCAUCAAAAGUACUUGCUGGCCAAUUAGGAGGAUUCAGAGAUAAGGAAUGUUUGCUUUAUCAGCUUUAAUAGAUUCUUUAGAAAUGCGUUACUAACAUGGAAUAUUCCAUCAACUAACAAUGCUUGGUAUUCCGUUAAAAUAAAAACGCUGCGUUGAAAAUUUCAAUUUUGCUACGAAUCGAUGUUAUGCUUUGCGAAAGAAAUUGGAUGUUUUCAAACAUUCGUCCAGUGUAUUUCCAGACCGAAGAAACAUAUCCAUGCAAACUAGAAUACUUGAGGCUUUUGCUCUGUUCUGCAAUUUCAUUCUUAGAUUUUAUGAGUUGCAAUUUAAUCAAAACUGAAACUUUGAACAAGAAAUCGUCUAAAGAAACAAAAUACACUUUACCCAUUCACAGCGUACUUAUAUAAGUAAUUAUUUUCUUAUCUUUCCUGGGUCUCA